AUUGUUGUGUUUAUGGCGGAGGCACUGGAGGAGAAUUUCUUGGUGGGGAAGGAGACGGACAGCUACGUGGAAAAAGCUCAAAAGAGAAGCAACGGGAAAAAAUAUAUGCAAUUUUUUCUUUAGAAACAGAGGAUCCAAAGAAACAAAACCCCACUCUCUCUCUCUCUCUGACUAUCUUGGCCUUGCUGCCGUAGGAGGAGUAGAGAGAGAAGCCUGCGGAAGUUCCAAAGACGAGUGUGGCGAGAAGUUGCCAAAUUCCACUUCCAAGUGUUGCUCCGCCCACGCCGCCGCUCAACACCUCGCCCCCUUCUCUCCCUUUUCUCUGCUCCAUCGCCUUUUGCUGACUUAUACACAAACAGACUUCUGGCACAUUCUUUUUCCUUCAAUUUCCCGGGGUCCAAAUUGUUUGUUUCUUUGUUUUCAUCACGUGCUCUUCUUCUUGUUCAACAGCUAUAUGUACACCUCACUCUUCGAGCCCGUUUCACUCUCCCCUGUUUCUCCUCUGUUUUCAGCUCAGCUCUGUUCCCGUGUCUUCCGUCCAACAAUGGCGGUCUUGUUCUUGAUUCUGUAAAUUUCAUUCGAUUUGGGUUGAACCAUUAUUUGAUUUGGGUUUCGCUGCUGGCUGCUCGAUUCUCAAUGGGUUCGAUCCUCCGGUUUCGGAAGCUGUCCUACUUGGCGCCGGUGAAAUUGCAUACCGAGAAGAAGGUUGAGCAGGAGAAAAAGGCUGUCGAUGUUCCCAAUCCUUGCUUUUCUCCGGAACCCACGAAGAGGGCUUUGGCGCCGACGGUGAGAAGGUCCGGCGGGAAGGAGUGGAGGUGCAUGGACAAUUGCUGUUGGAUGAUUGGGUUCCUCUGUACGACCUGGUGGCUCUGUUUAUUCCUCUUCAACUGUCUGCCGGCGACUCUGCCCGGAUUCCAAGCACCCGAAUCCCCCGGCGUCCGGCUCAAGCGCGAAGGGAUCACCGCACUUCAUCCCGUCGUCAUGGUCCCCGGCAUCGUCACCGGCGGUCUCGAGCUGUGGGAAGGAAAGCCCUGCGCUGAGGAUCUCUUCCGGAAGCGCCUCUGGGGCGGUGGCUUCACUGAAAUCAUCAGAAGACCAUUGUGUUGGUUGGAGCAUCUGUCUUUGGAUAAUGAAACCGGGCUCGACCCGCCGGGGAUCCGAGUCCGAGCGGUCCCGGGUCUGGUCGCCGCCGACUACUUUGGGCCGGGAUAUUUUGUCUGGGCCGUUCUCAUUGAGAAUCUGGCCAAAAUUGGGUACGAAGGGAAGAACUUGUACAUGGCAGCUUACGAUUGGCGGCUCUCCUUCCAGAAUACAGAGAUUAGGGACCAGGCACUGAGUAGAUUGAAGAGCAAAAUCGAGCUAAUGUAUGUGAUAAACGGUUAUAAGAAAGUAGUGGUGGUUCCACAUUCCAUGGGAGUUGUCUAUUUCCUUCACUUCCUCAAAUGGGUUGAAACCCCGCCUCCGGUUGGAGGAGGGGGCGGUUCGGGCUGGUGCUCGAAGCACAUCAAGGCUGUGAUGAACAUCGGCCCCACGUUCCUCGGGGUUCCAAAGACCGUCAGCAACUUGUUCUCCGGGGAGGCUAAAGAUGUCGCAUUCCUGAGGGCUAUGGAUCCUGGUGUACUGGACUCCGAGAUGCUCGGAUUGCAAACAGUGGAGCAUCUCUUGAGGGCAGGUCGAACUUGGGAUUCGAUUGUUUCCUUGCUUCCCAAGGGAGGAGAGACUAUCUGGGGCAACCUCGAUUGGUCUCCUGAGGAAAACCAUGCUUGUGAUUUGUCUAAGAGGAAGCCACUCGGUGAACGAAACUCGACCGAUGGUAAUGCAAAGAGAUCUGCACUUAAAGAGCCUGUUAAGUAUGGAAGGAUGAUCUCAUUUGGCAAAGCAGCAGCGGAGCUACCAUCUUCGCUCCUUCCAUCUCUCGAUCCAAAGGAUAUACUAGUUGCACAGACGACCACGAAGAAGAAUUCCACUUCCUCGUGCAGUGAGGUCCGGACAGAAUACGACGAGAUGAACAGAGAAAUCAUUGGAAAGAUUGCAGAGAACAAAGCAUACACUGCUAGGACGGUUCUCGAUUUACUAAGGGCGGUUGCUCCCAAGAUGAUGAAACGAGCAGAAGCUCAUUUCUCCCAUGGCAUAGCCGACAAUCUCGAUGAUCCGAAGUACACACAGCAUUACAAGUACUGGUCCAACCCACUGGAGACAAAGUUGCCUGAUGCUCCAGACAUGGAGAUCUACUGCUUGUACGGAAUAGGAAUUCCGACGGAGCGAUCGUAUGUGUACAAACAGUCGCCCAGCAGCAGGUGCAAGAGCAUCCCAUUUCGAAUCGACACCUCGGUGAAUGGAGACCGCGGUGAGAGUUGCCUGAGAGGCGGGGUGAGCUUCGUGGACGGGGACGAGAGCGUGCCCGUGUUGAGUGCAGGGUUCAUGUGUGCCAAGGGUUGGAGAGGGAGGACGAGGUUCAACCCGUCGGGGGCCUCGACCUACGUGAGGGAGUACCGGCACAAGCCACCGGCUAGCCUGCUCGAAGGGCGGGGAGCCGAGAGUGGGGCUCAUGUUGACAUCAUGGGGAAUGUUGGGUUGAUAGAGGAUGUGAUGAGGGUUGCUGCCGGCGCCACCGGUUUGGGGAUCGGUGGCGACAGGGUUCAUUCCGAUAUCGUUCGAAUGUCGGACCGGAUUAACAUUCGACUGUGACCGAUCGAAACGACCGGUGGUCAUCGGAGGAGGAGUAAUGUGCAAGGUUUUCUCGUUCAAGUUGCGGGGAGCUUACAGCAUGAUGGCGAAGCUAACCGGAGAGCAAUUAGCCAAGGGAGUGAUUUGUUCGUCAGCCGGCAACCACGCCCAGGGAGUUGCCUUAUCCGCCCUAAAACUGGGCUGCAACGCCGUCAUCGCCAUGCCCGUCACCACCCCUGAAAUCAAAUGGAAGACGGUGGAAAGAAUGGGCGCGACGGUGGUGCUCGUCGGGGAGUCAUACGACGAAACUCAGUCGUACGCGAAACAGAGAGCCAAGGAGGAAGGAAGAAUCUUCAUCCCUCCUUUUGACCACCCGGAUGUCAUCGCCGGACAAGGAACCGUCGGGAUGGAGAUCGUCAGGCAGAUGCCCGGUCCACUGCACGCGAUCUUCGUCCCCGUCGGCGGCGGAGGUCUCAUCGCCGGAAUCGCUGCGUACGUAAAGAGAGUUCGCCCCGAGGUCAGGGUCAUCGGAGUGGAGCCGUUUGACGCGAACGCGAUGGCGCUCUCGCUGUACCAUGGGCAGAGGAUCGUGCUGGAUCAGGUCGGAGGGUUCGCCGAUGGCGUUGCUGUUAAGGCUGUUGGCGAGGAGCCGUUCCGGUUGUGUAAGGAACUCGUCGAUGGGGUCGUUCUGGUGAGCCGGGACGCCAUUUGCGCAUCGAUAAAGGACAUGUUUGAAGAGAACAGGAGCAUACUUGAGCCAGCGGGGGCUCUGGCCAUGGCUGGAGCUGAAGCCUACUGUAAAUACUACGGGCUCAAAGGCGAGAGUGUGGUGGCGAUUACCAGCGGAGCGAACAUGAAUUUCGACAGACUUGGCCUGGUUUCUCAGCUUGCGGAUGUAGGAAGGUGGUCCGAGGCUGUUCUAGCUACGUUUGUGCCUGAGAAGUGGGGGAAUUUCAUCCAGUUCUAUAAACUGGUUGGCCCAGUGAAUAUUACCGAGUUCAGAUACAGAUAUGAUGCUCACAAAGAACAAGCUCUCAUUCUCUACAGUGUCAGCUUUGAUACAACCAUGGAGCUCGAGAAGUUGCAGGACUGGAUGAAAUCUGCUAAUCUCCAUACUCUUAAUCUCACUGAUAAUGACCUUGUCAAAGACCAUCUCCAAUUUUUGGUGGGUGGUCGGUCCAAGAUCGAGAACGAGAUUGUAUGCCGAUUCAUUUUCCCUGAGAGGCCAGGCGCUCUAGGGAAGUUCCUUGACUUAUUUAGCGUCAGUUGGAACAUCACACUGUUCCACUACCGAGAUCAGGGGGGAAGUGACGCCAAUGUGCUAGUGGGUUUCCAAGUUGCAGCAUCUGAGAUGGACGAGUUCAAAUCCUUGGCCAAUAGCCUGCAAUGUGACUACAAGUUUGAGACGGACACUGAGGUCCUGGAGCUUCUGCUGCACUGAGCAAACUAGGUAAUGGUACUCUGCAGAGAACCAACCAAAUCUGUUCGACAAUGAGCUCUGUUGGGUUGCAGGCAAAACUUAUGGGCAUGAAUGGUAGUGUCAAGUGUGAGCAAUUAUCAGUUCCUGUAGCUAGUAAGUUCACUCAGGGGAGGGUUGUUGUAAUCAAUACAUUGUAACUACUGCGCAAAAUCAGUUAACUGUUCUUCCCAAUUUAAGAAGGAAGCUUUCAGUUCAGUACUAUGAAUCUACCAUGAGAUUGUAUUUUCUUCAUGUAUAAUUUUUUACAUGGACUCUGCACAAAUAAAGAGGAUUUGAUCUAUGAGA